AUGAGAAAUGACAUCAGUGCUGUCAAGUUCGAUGCUACUGGGAGUGACGGUCCACAAAACGUCGACCAGACCUCGGUCAACUCUCCCGUCACCUCAAGCUUUCUUGGUCUCUCGAUGGCUCUCAUAGGUGCCGUUUACCUCAUCUUGCUCCUCUGCCUCGUGUUGUUGACGCAUUCAUUACAGGAGUGCGAGAUUGCGACACAGCCGCUCUGGCCAAUGGACCAACGCCCCGUAAAGAAAAUUGCUUCGUACAAGUGUUUUGCUCCGGUCUUCCGCUUUUAUUACAGCCAGAGGGUUCUCCCCUGGAAUCUGGGUCGCAAUGCCGUGCUGGCCGAUGAGCCUCACAGUCUAAAUGCUGGUAUCGUUCUCUGUCUGCGUCGUAUUGCUUACGCCGUGCAGCAUGCCUUCAGCUUGCCUGCAUUUCUCAGUUAUUACAGCUAUGGUCGUAUGCCUUGA